GAAAUUUAUUUAAUGUAUUUUUCUAUUAUUCUGUCUAUUUUCAGGAUUAUCUGCUCCAUUUAACAACUGUCUUCAGAACAAAAUCAAUAUGAAUUUGUAAGAAAAUCUUAAAACUAAAGAAAAAUCAUAUCAAAAACUUGUUUAAGAUAAACAAAUCUAAAAAAAAGGAAAAAAAACUAAGUAAAAUUUCAAAUCAAAUAAAAACAAAAUAGAAAUUAUGUCAAAUUCUUCAGUACAAAAUAUUUCUGUUUCUUCUACUGCUAAAACUUCUACUUCUACUCUAACAACUGCUAUUGCUGCAACAACAAAAAACUCUACUACUAAUACUACUUUGCAACAGCAACUGUCAACCAUAUCAAUAAUGUUGGAUUAUGAUAUUGACAAUACUCUCAAUACGAUCAAAGAAAACGGUGCUCACUUACUACAACAAAACGAACCAUCUAUAGCUGCAACUACACCUGCUGCAACUGCAACAACAACAACUUUAAAUUGUGAUACUGCCACGAUGUUGACUGAGGAAACGGAAGUUGGCUCGGCGGCAGCAAUGACCGAUGUAAAUGUCAAGUCUGUUAUAAGAAAUUCAAAUACUACUAGUCUACAAAUGCAACCUUUAAUGGUGAAAUGUGAUGAUAUUAAAGCCAUAUUACCUCUAACACCUCCAGCCACACCUGUCAUACAAAACACUGCCCGCAAACGUUGGAAGAUUUUAGCCAAAGUCUUGCGCAAAGACUCCGAAGAAACUGUUUCGUCGUCGGGCGAGGAGUGCAUCAAUGAACAAACCGCAUCGGUAAGACGUUUCAAGUCGUUUGAUCUGCUCAGACAGGACAGUUUUGAAGAUCAUGGCACCUUGAAUUAUUUGGGUAAACCUGAGAAUUGGUACAAAUACAAAGUGAUAUUGGAUGGUCAAACGCAGCAAGAGUUUACGGUCAACAUACACCACAUGGAGAGGCAUUUAACUGCUACGGAUUUAAUGGGUUUCAACAAUACUGGCAAUAUCUGUGUAUGGCCCUCGGAAGAGGCUCUCACCGCCUUUGUAUUGUCCGAUUUACAGGCCUACAAUAAUAAAUGGAUUUUGGAAUUGGGUGGUGGUUUUACCUGUCUCUCGGGUUUGAUGCUAUCGAAAUAUGCCAAACCCUAUGCGGUACAUUUGACCGAUGGCAAUGAAGUGUCGGUGGAAAAUGUUAAAAAGACUGUGUGUCUCAAUGAAAUCUCCUGCUAUACAAAAUGUUCCGUCUUAAAAUGGGAGGAUAGGGCAGCCCGUGUACCCUCGGAGGCGGGCAAAUUUGAUAUAAUACUGUCGGCCGACUGUUUGUUCUUCGAUGAAGCCCGUUCUGCUUUGGUGGACACUGUCUGGUAUUAUCUAUCCGCCCAGGGGGAAGCUUUAAUCAUGGCUCCUAGGCGCGGCAAAACCAUGUCUUUGUUUAUAGAAGAAUCGGUGGCCCGCGGCUUUAUGGUUAAAUUAACCCAACGUUAUAAUGAAACCAUUUGGAAACGUCACUUGGAAUUGAUGAACUCAUCGUUGUACGAUGAAGAUUUACAUUAUCCCGUUUUAUUAAGUUUACGUAAAUCUCCUCACCCCAAUCAGCCACCAACACAAAUUCAUGCACAAACAAUUCCAACAUCUCCUUGCUUAUUAUUACCCAUGGAUGUAUGCAAAGAAGAAUCCUAGGUGACGGCAUUAGUUGUGAUGCUACUGCUCCAGUUGCUGUUGAUUACAUCAAGUAUUUCUUUUUUUUAGUUUUUUAUUUCAAAUUAGAAUUUUCAAAAGAACAAUUUUUACUUCAAUAAUUCCAUUUUUAAUUCCACAUUAAGAUGAUGUCGUCAUUUGAUAUGCAUACUUUAUCCUAACAUACAUACGUAUCCCUUAAAUACUUACAUAUAUAUAGUAGAACCUAACACUAAAAAAUAUACAAAAAAAAUACCAAAAAAAAAUAAAAAAAUUAUACAUAAAACAAAA